GUGUGUGCUUGUCGAGAGCCUUUGAAUUGACACUAAGAUUUAAAUUACAGUAUACUUCAAUCAUAGACGAAAUCAAAUAUUUUUCUAGGGCAGCAACUCUGGAUAAUAAAUGUCUCAAUUCCGGAUAGAUGCUACCCAGAUGCACUCAUUGACUCAUUGAUCAAGAGAGAGGGAUUGAAAAAAACGAAAGUGUUAAUAAUCCACUUUUUUUUUAAAUCUAGCUGGUCCUUCACUUUCAACUCAGCUGUAAAAGGUGGGAUAUUCGUCGAUCUCACUCUAAACAGGACUUUUAAUACGCCUCUUUACUGAUCUCUGCUGGACAUUUGUGGAAUAACAUCUUGACAACCAGAGACGAUGAACAAGCAGAUAUAUAUCCACUAUAACUACACAGGGAAGCUGGAAAACCGUCAGAAUGGAAAAAUCACAGGUGGUGGCGUCACCUUGGAUGCUAAAACCAUCGUGUUCCUCAUCAUCUGUUGCUUCAUAAUCCUGGAAAACCUGAUUGUUCUAGUAGCAAUAUGGAAAAACCACAAGUUCCACAACCGCAUGUACUUCUUCAUAGCCAACCUGGCAUUGUGUGACCUUCUGGCUGGGGUGGCUUAUAUCGUCAACCUCCUCAUGUCAGGGGAGAAGACCCUUCACCUGUCCCCAGUGUUGUGGUUUGUGAGGGAAGGGAGCAUGUUUGUAGCCCUGGGGGCUUCCACAUUCAGUCUCCUGGCUAUAGCUAUAGAGAGACAUCUGACCAUGAUUAAAAUGAGGCCCUACGACGCCAAUAAGAAUUACAGGGUGUUCUUGCUCAUAGGGACCUGCUGGCUCAUAGCGAUAUCCCUGGGAGCAUUGCCCAUCCUGGGGUGGAACUGCUUGGACAACCUCCCUGACUGCUCCACAGUCCUACCGCUCUAUACCAAGAAGUACGUGGCCUUCUGCAUCAUCAUCUUCAUGGCCUUGCUGCUGGCCAUGUCUGUCCUGUACAUACGCAUCUACAUGUUGGUGAGGACCAGCAGUCGCAAGGUGACGAAACAUUCAAACUCAGAGCACUCCAUGACCCUCCUCCGUACUGUCAUCAUCGUGGUCGGCGUCUUCAUUGCAUGCUGGAUGCCCAUCUUCGUCCUCCUCCUCAUCGAUGUGGCCUGCGAGCACCGCUGCUGCUCCAUCCUGUACAAGGCCGACUACUUCAUAGCCCUGGCCGUGCUCAACUCUGCCAUGAACCCUGUUAUCUACACCUUGGCCAGCAGGGAGAUGAGGAGAGCCUUCUUUAGCUUGGUCUGUGGCUGUCUGAUGAAGGGGAAGGUCUCCAUUAGUGGUGAGCCCAAUAAGCCCAAUAACCUGGAGCCCAGCAGGAGCACAGCAGGGGCACAGCAGGAGCACAGCAGGGGCACAGCAGGAGCACAGCAGGAGCACAGCCCAUAAUAAUCCUAACAACCACAGCAGGGCAGGUGAGCAGCAGAAGGACAGGGACAGUAGUCGGAAUAUUAUAGUGGCACAGACCUUGAUAAAGAGUACAACAUCAUCGUGCGUCAAUGUGGCUAAUGGAGAGGAGGGUUGAGGUUUUCUGGGCCCUGACCCUCCAUAUCCGAAUCAAUCUGAGUGGACACAAGAGACUACGAAGUGUGGCAACGCGAGACAUUGUAGCCCUAUGCUGUGUAUAGGAUGGAGAGAUUUUGAAGGACUAUAAUGUAACUAUACUGAAAAAAUAUAUAAACGCAACAUGCAUAGUGUUGGCCCCAUGUUUCAUGAGCUGAAGUAAGAGGCCCAAAAUUUUCCAUGCACACAAAAAGCUUAUUUAUCUUAGAUUUUGCACACCAAUGUGUUUACAUCCCUGUUAGUGAGCAUUUAUCCUUUGCCAAGAUAAUCCAUCCACCUAACAGGUGUAGCAUAUCAAGAAACUGAUUAAACAGCAUGAUCAUUACACAGGUGCACCUUGUGCUGGGGACACUAAAAGGCCACUCUAAAAUGUGCAGUUUUGUCACACAACACAAUGCCACAGAUGUCUCAAGUGUUGAGGAUAGUGUGCAAUUGGCAUGCUGACUGCAGGAAUGUCCAACAGAGCUGUUGACAGACAAUUUAAUAUUAUUUUCUCUACCAUAAUCCGCCUUCAACGUCGUCAUAGAAAAUUUGGCAGUACGUAUGAUGGGUUUCUAUUUUUGUUCAGUAUAUUUAGCCGAAUUACUUCAUAACCACAAACAAGCACUUGGCUCUUCCUCUCUGUGAGGGUAGAGGGUCCAGAAACGGUCCAGACCAGAUAAAGACUGUGCAGUCGAGAUAUAGGGCUAGAUUAAAUUCAGCACCUUUUAAAGGUAACGUUUUCUGCAUUCGCAGAGACUGCAUUCAUGGUAAAUGCUGCAUAUGUUUAAUUACCAUUAAAUGUCAAAUCGCUCUAUAACGCAGAUAUUCCGCGGUCUGAAUUGAAUCUAGCCCAUAAACUACAGUGGAGACGUAGACUGCAACUAUACUGUAGGCCCUGUAAAGCACGCAUGGUGGGCUGGGAUGGUAAACAGAUGGCUAUUUUACAUGAAUUGUAAAUGUAACUCUUGAAAAAAGCUAUUUAUUAUUUUUUAGUUUGUUAUACUUUGACAUGUGUACAGUUUUCCCUAAAUACUGUUACUCUACAUUAUAAACUGUGUGGUUCGAGCUCUGAAUGCUGAUUGGCCAACAGCCGUGGUAUAUCAGACCGUAUACCAUGGGUAUGACAAGACAUUUAUUUUCCCUGCUCUAAUUAAGUUGGUAACCAGUUUAUAAUAGCAAUAAGGCACCUUGGGAGUUUUUGUGGUAUAUGGCCAAUAUAAGGCUAAGGACUGUAUCCAAGCACUCAUCGUGCCUAAGAACAGCCCUGAGCCGUGGUAUAUUGACCAUAUACCACACCCCCUCGGGCAUUAUUGCUUAAUUAUACAAUGGUAGCAUGCUAUUUGUUUUAUUGUGUAAAACGAUUGUAUUUAACCAGAUUAUUUGUUCAACAUUAUGCUACUACCUGUACUGUAGCAUCAUUUAACUGUUAAUAUGUCUAUGAGCUCAUGGAAGCUUCCCUGUAGCAGUGUUAAACCAGGUUGAAGUGAAGCUUCCCUGUAGCAGUGCUAAACCAGGUUGAAGUGAAGCUUCCCUGUAGCAGUGCUAAACCAGGUUGAAGUGUUGACUGGGGGUUGCAGGGCACCACCCUCUGCUGCUAUGUACUAAAGCAGUGGUCACCAACCUUUUCUGAGUCCAGACCAAUUUCUGAGUCCAAAAGGAAACCGCUCAGAUUUUUUAUUUACAUGACUUCAAAAAUGUAAGCCUAUGCAACAUUAACCAAUUAAAAACAGUACUGUAUCAAUGAGGUGCAGUAAGCUAUAGGCCCAAUACAUUAUCACUGUAUAUUGGCUACGCUUGAAUUGCCCUGCCAAUGUUGUUUUUCGCAGGACAUUCUAAAAUUAUAUUUCAACAUUUUAGGUAUAUGAUCAGACUGGUAAUAGAUAAUUUGAUGUAUUACUUGUGAGCCACAGCUGAGUGACAUAAUAAUUAUAGAUUUUUUUUUUACUGUACUGAUGGCCUGUAUCUGAUGGUCAGUCUGAGGGGAAGGAGGGAGCAGCAAGGAGGCUGGCUCUCACCUAACUCACCAUCCCUCCGCUAAGAAAAGGAGACAUAGUCUUCCAGCUGAUGGUGAAACUCAAGUAACGCUGCAUUAUUUCUGUCUCAUGCACCAAUUCCUGUUGUUACUCCUAUGACCAGAGAAAGUGAAAUAUUCCUUGAUAUUAAAAAAGACAAGCUGCUAAUAAUAACAACGCAAGCUUAUCGAAACACUUUGCUACUCCUUCAUUACAGCUGCAGUGCUGGUUGUAUUCCUUCAUUACAGCUGCAGUGCUGGUUGUAUUCCUUCAUUACAGCUGCAGUGCUGGUUGUAU